UAGCCUCGCCCCGCCCCGCCCCUCGGGCUGGCACGGCCCUCAGCUCCCGGCCGUCCGCCGCCGCUGGCCUGUCCAAAAUGGAGGGCUCCCCGCCGGUGUCGUUUGCCCUCCGGCUACUCCUGCUCGCGGCGCUGCCGGCCGCCGGGUGGCUGAGGACAGCUACCCAGGAGCUGCCACUGCGGCCCCAAGCCCCGCAGGACAACAUCAGAAUUAACGUAACUACCCUGAAAGAUGAUGGGGAGGUAUCCAAAGAACAGGUUGUUCUUAACAUAACCUAUGAGAGUGGACAGGUAUAUGUAAAUGACUUCCCUGUAAAUAGUGGUGUAACCCGAAUAAGCUGUCAGACUUUGAUAGUGAAGAAUGGAAAUCUGGAAAAUGUGGAGGAAAAAGAAUAUUUUGGAAUUGUCAGUGUAAGGAUUUUAGUUCAUGAGUGGCCUAUGACAUCUGGUUCCAGUUUGCAACUAAUUGUCAUUCAAGAAGAGGUAGUAGAGAUUGAUGGAAAACAGGCUCAACAAAAGGAUGUUACUGAAAUUGAUAUUUUAGUUAAGAACCAGGCGAUACUCAGACAUUCAAACUACACCCUACCUUUGGAGGAAAGCAUGCUGUAUUCUAUUUCCCGAGACAGCGACAUUUUAUUUACCCUUCCCAACCUCUCCAAAAAAGUAGAAGGUGUCAGCUCACUGCAGACCACCAGCCAGUAUCUCCUCAGGAAUGUGGAAACCACCGUAGAUGAAGACGCUUUCCCUGGCAAACUACCUGAGACUCCUCUCAGAGCAGAGCCUCCGUCUUCUUACAAGGUGAUGUGUCAAUGGAUGGAAAAAUUCAGAAAAGAUCUAUGUAGGUUCUGGAGCAGUGUUUUUCCAGUAUUCUUUAUGCUUCUGAACGUCAUGGUGGUUGGAAUUAUAGGAGCAGUUGUGGUAAUAACCAUCUUAAAGAUGCUCUUCCCAGUUUGUGAAUACAAAGGAAUUCUUCAGUUGGAUAAAGCAAAUGUUAUACCUGUCACAGCUGUCAACUUAUUUCCAGAUAAUCCUGAGAAAAAAAGAGCAGAAAACCUUGGAGAUAAAGCAUGUGUUUAAAGCACCAUCACAAAUCAUGGACUCUGAAUUAGUCUUUUGGCUCUAAAUUUGCCACUUGAAUAGAAUUUUCUUUAAAUAGCUAAGAAUCUGUUUAUAUACUAGGGAAGUUGCUAAGCUCCUAAAACUGCCUAAAACUUGACCUUUAAAGUGACAAGUUAAAAGUCACCUUAUUCUGUAACAGGGCUGGCUAUUCAGAUGAUGAAUUAAAGGAAAUUUAAAUGAAGUGGAAGAGAAGACAUGAAGAAACUUCAAUCUUACC